AUGGAGUUUGAGGAGGAACCCUGCAGACUGAGAGAUGAAGAAACAGAGGAACAAACAGACCUGACGGAAGUGAAUGAAGACAAACGGCAUCGGUUUCAAAAACCCCAUCAUUUCACAAAUGAAGAUGGAAACGCAGUCGUUUCACAGACGGAAAAGAAUUUCACACAGAAACAAGCUGUAAAAACUGGAUCUUUCUCCUGCUCUGAGUGUGGAAAGAGUUUCACAACUGAAGGAAACCUUAAAGUGCACAUGAAAAAUCACAUGAGAGAAAAACCCUUCACAUGCACUCAGUGUGGAAAGAGUUUCAUCCAUAAAUCAAAACUCAAAAGACACAUGGUAAUUCACACUGGAGAAAGACCGUUCUCAUGCACUCAGUGUGGAAACAGUUUCGCUUACAAAGCAAGGCUAAAGGAUCACAUGAGAAUUCACACUGGAGAAAGACCGUUCUCAUGCACUCAGUGUGGAAACAGUUUCAGGUGUAGACCGGCCUUGGCCGAUCAUAUGCGCACUCACUCCGAUGUGAAGUCCUUCAGCUGUGAUCAGUGCCAGAUGACAUUUGUUCAAUCAUCAAGCUUAAGAAAGCACCUUAACAUCCAUGCAGCUGUCAAGCCUCACUUUUGUUCUUCAUGUGGAAAGAGUUUUACACAUCUGCAGAAUUUACAAGUGCACCUGCGUAUUCACACUGGUGAGAGAGCUUACAUGUGCUUUGACUGUGGGAAGACCUUCAUUACACCGGGCACCUUAAGAUUACAUGAGAGAGUUCACACUGGAGAGAGACCAUACAAGUGCUCACACUGUGACAAGAGUUACACUAACUCGGUAUACCUGAAAGAUCACGAGAGAGUUCAUACCGGAGAGAAGCCGCCCCAGUGCUCUGCAUGUGGGAAGAGUUUCGCCAACUUCCGUAAUCUAAUAAGACAUAAGAAACAGCAUUGCCACAAGUUAUCUAAGUGAGCAAAGUUUCACAUUCAGAUCCAUGACUUAGAGAGCAACAUGG